CUAUUUUCUAACCUGUCGUUGUCGUCGUGUGUAUAGAGAAAUUGUCAGUGCAACUUGAUUCGAUCCUGAAAUAUAAGAAAAAAUUUUUUGGACCCAAUCAGUGCGACUGCAUUGCUUCUUAGUGAAAAGUGGUGUUGUUUUUUAUUUUUGGAAAAAAAUUAGUGUUUGUCGUUAAAGGCGACAGGUUUUUUUUUCCAUUAUUUUGUAUUAUAAGGACGUAUUUUUCGCCAUUCUUUUGGAGAAAGCAGAUUGGCGUCACGAGAAACGCUUUGAAAAUGAAAAGCUGAGAAGAAUACACACCUUUUCUAACCACGAGAGAUGAAUGCAUCUCGGCUCGGCAGGGGCCGGGGUGGCCGCCUGGCUCUAUAUGGAGGUGUCCUAAUAAUUUUUGUAAUAAUAAUAUAUCUCUAUCGAGCUGCUUCAUUUGAAAUGGCCAGGCUUCACGAUAUUCACGUUCAAUGUGCUCAUCAGCAAGAGUCAAUAGCCGCUCAACUUCAAGUGAUCUACGAGUACAAAGUGCGCCUCGAAAAAUCAUUGCAAGAGGAGAAAAAUUCCAAUCAAGCACUUAAACAAGAACUACAGCAACGAGCAUCGAGAGAAAAAUCUCUGAGGGAUAAGGAUAAGGACAAUGUUGAAUUAUUGCAGAGGUAUAAUGCAAUGCAACAGAAAUAUAAUAUUUUACAAUCGGAGAAUAAGGAUUUACAGGAUGAGUGCAAUAAGAGGCAUAAACUUUCUUUAGAAGAGACAAAUAAAUUGGAGGUGACAUUGAGAAAUUUACGUAGUGAAAUUAUUAAGGCGCAAGAGGAUAAAAAAUCGUCUAUGGAAUCAUUAAAAAAUAAGCACGCCCAACUUAAAGUUGAUUACGAUUCACUUUCGAGUAAAUACGAGAAAUUAGUCAAGAAUUCAUCUGAAUGCAAUAGUCAAAUGCUUCAUUUGGAGAAAAAGGUCUUUCAACUCACCAGGGAGCAAGGAGGAGAAAAAAAAAAAAUCGUUUCCGACUAUAAUGCAGCAGCAUCAAAAAAUCAGCAGGAAUCAAAUAAUGAAAAAUCGAGAGGAAACAGUGGAAAUGAUCAGGUCGCAGCGCCAAUACAACAACAACAACAACAGCAGAAGUUGCCGGCAAUGAUUGUUGGGAGAAUUUUGCCGGGUAUGAUUGUUGAAAGUUCAACGAAAGUUUCGACACCCUCGAUUUCAAUUGAGAAGCAAAAUUACAAUAUUGGAAAGGCAAAAGUUAAAUUACCAAUUGGCGUUGUACCAAUUCCAGUAAUAAUGGAUUCGAAAAAUGAUAAUGAGGAGAAAAAGAGGGACGAAUUGAGAAAAAAUUCGGAAGUAAUAAAAAAUUCAUUAGGUGCAAAUGGCAUUUUAGAUGUUGAUGGUGUUAAAGAGAAACCAGUUGCUGUGGAUAUUGGAAAUUUAGAAUUUCAAGCGCAUUUACCAGCAGGAAACAGACAUGGGGCACAAAUUAUUGACAGACAAAUUAAUGCAGGAUGGCCCAAGGUUCAACAUGGUGUACAGGAAAUUGGCGACGAGCCACAUCAUCUUGAACGUCUUGCUGGAUUAGAUGAUACGGCUCAUCAAGGUGAAAUUGGGGAUGAUCAGUAUGAUAAUGACGAAUUUUAUCGAGAUCAACAGCCCAAGAAUAGUGAUAUUCGAAUUGAAGAAGAGGAAGACGAAGCUGGUGACGAAGACGAUCAACCGGAUUAUUUAAACAAUUUAAAACCCGAGAAACAUUAAUAAAAAAAAAAUUAAAAAAACGAGAAGAAUUGGAAAGUUUCCAAGUUG